CUUCGGGGGCUCCGACCUCUGGCUGCCCAGGAAAGUGCCUUCAUGAUCCCAGAGGAUGUCCGGGAAGCAUUACAAGGGUCCUGAAGUCAGUUGUUGCAUAAAAUAUUUUAUCUUCGGCUUCAAUGUGAUUUUCUGGUUCUUGGGCAUAGCGUUUCUUGGAAUUGGACUCUGGGCAUGGAAUGAAAAAGGAGUCCUGUCGAAUAUCUCUUCAAUCACAGAUUUGGGAGGAUUUGAUCCUGUUUGGCUGUUCCUGGUUGUGGGGGGAGUUAUGUUCAUUUUAGGAUUUGCAGGAUGCAUUGGAGCUCUCCGAGAAAACACUUUCCUUCUCAAGUUUUUUUCUGUGUUCCUGGGAAUUAUUUUCUUCCUGGAGCUCACGGCUGGGGUUCUGGCAUUUGUUUUCAAAGACUGGAUCAAAGACCAGCUGUAUUUCUUCAUAAACAACAACAUCAGAGCUUACAGGGAUGACAUCGACUUACAAAACCUCAUAGACUUUACCCAGGAAUAUUGGCAGUGCUGUGGGGCUUUUGGAGCGGAUGACUGGAACCUAAAUAUUUACUUCAAUUGCACAGAUUCCAAUGCAAGUCGAGAACGAUGUGGUGUACCAUUUUCAUGUUGUACUAAGGAUCCUGCAGAAGAUGUCAUCAACACUCAAUGUGGAUAUGAUGCCAGGCAAAAACCAGAGGUCGAUCAACAGAUUGUAAUCUACACAAAAGGCUGUGUGCCCCAGUUCGAAAAGUGGUUGCAAGACAACUUAACCAUAGUGGCUGGUAUUUUCAUAGGCAUUGCAUUGCUUCAGAUUUUUGGGAUAUGCCUAGCCCAGAAUUUGGUUAGUGACAUUGAAGCUGUCAGGGCCAGCUGGUAGAACUGCUGAAUGAACUGACUACUGUAAGACACUGGACUCCUGAGACCCUGCCCUGCCUCCAGUCUUCUAUGCUGAUGCCAAGCUCCUACCACAAUGACAAUGCUUGCAAUCUGUAGUCGCAAAGACUGGUAUUGCCAUGAAAUUGCUUCUGAGGGGGUGAACCUGGGGAGGGUUAUUAGGACCUGCUGCUCACUGACAGAUUUUGAUUUUAAAAACAAAAAUGACCCAUUGGAAAGCUUUUGAACCGUGCAUCUACUGUAGCCAGGGUUUGUGAACAGUUGGACACUUACCAAAAAGAAAACUCAAACAGAUGUGCGUAAAUUGAAACAGAACUACAUUAUGAUCUGGGAGAAAUGCUCUUUUUCUCUCCUUGUGUUAUUUGAGGGCUGUCAGAGGUGCUAGAAGGAGUUUGCAUCUUCAUUGUACCCAGAAGGGCCAGUCAUUUUGCCAUUAAAUGAAAGAAACUGCUAUCUUUUCUAAAACCCAUUAAGAGGCAAUUUUUUCCCCCAUCUUCAUUCUACAUGUUAAGAAACUCUUAAGAACCAAGAAGAAAUCAAGAAGAAAACUUGGGUCUUUUCAGUGUCUUAGUUCAGAAUUUGAGAACAGAGUCCUUAAAUAACUUGUGAGAAGCAUCACCUGCCGUUCCAGGUUCUUCUCUCUUUGCCAGGGAAGGGAAUCAAUAUGACAUCUGUACUGAGCCAGUGGGUUGGAAGACUUCAGGAUGCCAUAUCUUAGCCGAGCAAUCUUCUUAAGCAAGCAUGGAGUUUAUUUCAAAAGGAAGUAGAAGAAAUUGUGUUCAUUGAAAUGGUGUUACCUAAUCUUCUCCCCUCCCUUCCCCCCCCAAAUCAGUUGCUGUAUUCUUUGGAAACUUCUAGAAUACUCUUUAUUUGGGGCUUAUGGGGCUACAGUUAUUUUAGAUUUUCCUUUACAAUAUCUUCUUUUUCAGCUGAAACUUUGGUUUUUCCUUUUAAAAUAAUUUUUACCUGCAUGCAUUGCGACUUGAAAUCCACCAGCCAGGACUCCCCCUCCUCCUGUCUCAACACUCCCAGAAAUAUUUCAAACUGUAAUCUGGUCAGAAAUGGCCCAUUUCUUUUUCUGUGCAUGGCUGUGGGAAGUUCUGGAUCAUUCCCUCAUCCUUGAAGUGAAGGGAUCAGCCUUGACACACAAAAUGCUUCCAGGAACUCAGCCAUGUUGUCCCUGGGGUCUUUUCUCAUGACUCUUCCCCCCUCUCAACUCCCUCCCUCCCUCCCUCCCUCCCUCCCUCCCUCCCUCCCUCCCUCCCUCCCUCCCUCCCUUCCUUCCUUCCUUCCUUCCUUCCUUCCUUCCUUCCUUCCUUCCUUCCUUCCUUCCUUCCUUCCUUCCUUCCUUCCUUCCUUCCUUCCUUCCUUCCUUCCUUCCUUCCUUCCUUCCUUCCCUCCCUCCCUCCCUCCCUCAAAUGGAAUUAAAUACCAAUGGAAAGCAUAAUGAAAAGAAAGAAAUCAUGUGUGUGGUCUGCACUUACCUCCGUCCUCUUCCAGGAGACUUAACAGCUAGAAUGAUAAUGAAGCACAAGUGUCAGGAGCCAGGACUGCCAAAUAAGCCUGGAGGAAGGAUCCUAUGACACUGUCUUGGUGCUGCCACCCCAACAUGAUCCAGUGCCAGUAAGAAGGCCAGAGAAAGCCUCCAGGCUUUCCUCCAGGAGUUUCUGUGUGUCUAGCAGGGCAUUUCCCCUCCCUGGGCAGCAGGGAUGCUAUAGGUACCGGGAACUUUCUGUAUAGCAUGCCUCAUCUUUAGAUCGCCAUUUGGCAAGCCAGCGCACUUUGGAGAGAGAGACUGAGAUUGUGUUUUUCUCUUUUGGCCCAUCCUAUCCCAACCCUAGGUAUGAUCAAUUUUUGAGAUGCUCAUAAAAAAAAGAAAAUGCUCCAUCCACAACUUUCUUCUAAAUAGUAAUCUCUUCCAUUUUGGGGUGUGUGUGUAUGGAUGUGCAUGAGUGUGUGUUCUCUAUCUGUACUUGUAUAGUUAGAUAGAAAGGUUCACUCCAUGUCCUAGUGAUACACAAUGACCACAGUCCAUCUCCAGUCCCCAGAUUUAGUCACACAUCAUCCCAUGGCGGUGAAGACUUGAGCCCUCCAAGUUGCACUUUUGCCUUUUUCCAUGAAUUACCUCAUGAACUCCAUUCACCCUUAGACUCAUUGUCAGCCAACAUCUCACCCUUCAGUGAAAGCAGCAAAAGACCAACAGCAAGUCUGUGUGAGCUUCCUUUUUUUUAUCCCCUAUUAUUUUUUACAUUUGGGAAAUGUUUGUAAUAAAGAUUGUCCUUAAUAAACCUGGUUCCAUCUUU